AUGUGGGGGCAACAAACGCCCGAGGAGGCUUUCCGCCGGGGAGCCUCUGAAGCCCUUCCCGACUCACUCCAUCAUCGAGAUCCAACCCAGCCAAUCAGCGAAGAAGAAGCUGACAUCGACUCUGGCGACACCACCAAGAUCCCACCAAGUCCUGAGGCCUUGUCCACAGCCGACGAAGGCCUUUGGGGAGAGCGAGAUGUCGGCGGCCCAGUGAGCCAACGGAUGGCCAUGCAGGACUUUCAAGAGCUUCAACGCGAGCUCACCAAGAUGACCACGAGGCGGUCACGGUCCCAGUCCCGGUCCCGGGCGCGAUCACAACCACGAUCAAGGUCGGCCUCGAAAGCUUCCCGGAAAUCGGAUAGCAGGCGCGAUAAUGUCUUUCGCCGCAUCGCUUCCCGGGCCAGUGGAAAAUCAAAGCGGCCGAAAGACGAACAAGAUCCUGAACAGCAGGCCGCCGACGAUGCUAGCAGCUCGGACGAGUCCUCGGAUGACGGCAGCCAGUUUCAAUUGGAGCAGUUUAUGCGCGACGGCCACCUUGAGAAGCGCACGGAUUCUGGCGAGUCGAGCAAGAAGGUCGGCGUGGUGUUCAAGAACGUCACCGUCAAGGGUGUCGGCGGCGGCACUGUGUUUGUCAAGACACUUCCCCAGGCUAUCCUCGGCACAUUUGGUCCCGAUCUGUACGGCAUUCUCUGCAGAUUUGUCCCAGCACUUCGUUUCGGACGUCAGCAAGGCGGGCUUCGUACCCUUCUCAACGACUUCACUGGUGUCGUACGGCAUGGAGAGAUGAUGCUGGUGCUGGGUCGGCCGGGGAGUGGCUGCAGCACUUUUCUCCGCGUCAUUGCCAACAAUAGGGGCGGGUAUGCCGCCGUCGAGGGCGAGGUUUCCUACAGCGGCAUCUCUGCCAAGGAAGUUGCAAAGCGCUAUCGCGGUGAGGUGGUCUACAACGGUGAAGACGACCAGCACAUGCCUACCUUGACCGUGGGGCAGACACUCCAGUUUUCGCUGCUCAACAAGACCAAGAAGCACCUCAGGGACAAUGUGGACUUUAUAAUCGACUCGUUGUUGCGCAUGUUUGCUAUCCAACACACAAAAAACACCAUUGUUGGGAAUGCCUAUACACGUGGUGUUUCCGGGGGUGAGAGAAAACGAGUUUCCAUCGCCGAGGCCCUGGCCACCAAGAGCACCAUCGUCUGCUGGGACAAUUCGACAAGAGGUCUCGAUGCAUCCACCGCUCUGGAUUACGCCAAAUCGCUGCGUGUCAUGACCGAUGUAUCGGAUCGAACAACCAUCACCACCCUCUAUCAGGCCGGAGAAGGCAUUUAUGAGUUGAUGGACAAGGUCCUGGUCAUCGAUGAAGGGCGCAUGCUCUAUCAGGGCCCUGCCAACGAGGCCAGGCAGUACUUCAUCGACCUUGGUUUCCACGCACCACCACGCCAAACUACUGCCGACUUUCUCACCUCCAUCUGUGACCCAGUCACCCGACAGUUCCGCCCCGGCUACGAAGACAAGUGCCCCAAAACUGCCGAGGAGCUUGAGACAGCAUUCAGAAACAGCGAGGCAUACAGGAAGGUCCUUGCUGAUGUGGAGCAAUUUGAGAGGCAUCUGCAACAAACCAAGCAUGCCGAUACUCAGAGGUUCCAGGAAGCCGUCGAGGAGCAAAAGUCUCGCCGUGUUGCCUCGGACUCGAACUACACUGUCAGCUUCUGGAAGCAAGUCCUCGCCUGCUCCCGCCGCGAACUCUGGCUCUUGUGGGGCAACAAGACGGAAAUGUACACCAAAUAUUUCACCAUCAUCAGCAACGGCUUCAUUGUUGGCUCUCUCUUCUACGACACUCCGGACAACACGGCCGGCACCUUCCUGCGUGCCGGUGCUGCCUUCUUCUCCAUUGUCUUUCUCGGAUGGCUUCAGCUCGCUGAGCUCAUGAAAGCCGUCUCUGGUCGUGUUGUUGUGGCUCGGCACAAGGAAUAUGCCUUCUAUCGUCCGUCUGCUGUCAACCUUGCCCGCGCUCUCGUCGAUCUCCCGGUCUUGAUCUUCCAGGUUGUCAUCUUUGGUCUGAUCAUGUACUUCAUGACUGGUUUGGACUUGACACCGGCCAAGUUCUUCAUCAGUCUCUUAUUCAUCUAUACGACCACCUUUUGCAUCACGGCUCUGUACCGCAUGUUUGCGUCCCUGUCACCAACAAUCGACGAUGCCGUUCGUUUCAGCGGACUUGCGCUCAACUUGCUGGUCAUCUUUACCGGUUACGUGAUCUACAAGCCUAUCUUGGUGUCACAAAAGAUCUGGUUCGGUUGGCUCUUUUACGUGAAUCCGGUAAGCAGAUCUCCCUCCUUCCUUCGACAUCGUCCAACAGCUGCUAACAAGAGACAGCUUGCAUAUGCCUUUGAAGCCGCUCUGACCAAUGAGUUUUCUGGCCGGAUCAUGGAAUGUGCCCCUGCGCAUCUUGUGCCUCAGGGGCCGGGUAUUCUACCAGCGAACCAGGGAUGUGCAAUUCCAGGCUCGGUCGCAGGGAGUACUGAUGUCUCCGGAACGGCAUAUCUCGACAGCCAGUUCAACUACACCCGGGAUCACCUGUGGCGCAACUUUGGUGUUCUCAUAGCCUUCUCUGUGCUUUAUCUCAUGGUCACAGUGGCCGCCACGGAGCUCUUGACAUUUGUCGGAUCGGGCGGCGGCGCCCUCGUCUUCAAGCGUUCCAGCAAGGCAGCCAAGCGAGCCAAACUCGCUGCGAAGCCGACCGACAUGGAGAAGGGCAAUGCGACCGGAGCAUCAUCCACCACCGACGUUGGCUAUCAGAAUCGCUCGGAAAAGACAGAACUGACUGGUCUGACCGGAAGCGACAAGGUCUUUACCUGGGAGAAUGUCUCGUACACUGUUCCGACCCCUCAAGGACCCAAGAAGCUUCUCAACGGAGUCAGCGGUUACGCGAAACCGGGAGUCAUGGUUGCCCUCAUGGGAGCCAGCGGUGCUGGCAAGACGACGCUGCUCAACACCUUGUCCCAACGCCAAACGGUCGGCGUGGUUUCUGGCGACAUGCUGGUUGACGGUAAACCGCUGACCGGAGAUUUUCAACGCGGCACUGGCUUCGUCGAACAAAUGGAUCUUCACGACGAGACCGCCACCAUUCGGGAGGCUCUUGAGUUCUCUGCGCUCCUUCGCCAGAGCCGUGACACGCCAAAGCACGAGAAGCUGGCCUAUGUCGACACUGUUCUGGACUUGCUCGAGUUGACGGACGUUCAGGAUGCCAUUAUUGCGUCUCUGGGCGUGGAGCAAAAGAAGAGACUGACUAUUGGCGUGGAACUAGCGGCCCGGCCUUCGCUUCUGCUCUUUCUCGACGAACCGACCAGUGGUCUUGAUGCCCAGUCCGCUUUCUCUAUUGUGCGCUUUCUUCGCAAGCUCUGCGUUGCUGGACAGGCCAUCGUGUGCACUAUUCAUCAGCCCUCGUCUGACCUGAUCCAGGAGUUUGAUGAGAUCCUGGCCUUGAACCCCGGCGGCAACACCAUUUACUUUGGUCCUGUUGGAGAGAACGGUAGCGCAGUGGUCAAGUACUUUGCCGACCGAGGCGUCCAGUGUCCUCCCGGCAGAAACGUCGCCGAGUUCCUCCUCGAGACGGCCAUCAAGGGUGGAAGACGCCCCGACGGCAAGCGAAUUCACUGGACUCAGGAAUGGCGCGAGUCCAAGGAGAACCGAGACUUGCUGGCCGAGAUUCAGCGGCUCAAGGAUGAGCGCAGCAAGGCCAACAAGGAAUCGACUGUUGUCCAGCCGGCAUUGCAAUCGUUUGCUGCUCCCACCUGGACGCAAAUCAUCCUUCUGACCAAGCGCAUGUUUGUUCACCAAUGGCGUCAGCCAUCUUACCUCUACGGGCGGCUGUUCACUGCUGUUAUUGUCGGCAUCUUCAAUGGCUUCACCUUUUGGAAGCUGGGCAACACGGUGGCUGACAUGCAGAACCGCAUGUUUACGUGCUUCCUCAUCAUCAUGAUCCCUGCCACCGUCCUCAAUGCCGUCUUGCCAAAGUUUUACACCAACCGCAUGCUCUGGGAGGCACGCGAGCACCCAUCGCGCAUCUAUGGCUGGGUUGCCUUUUGCACAGCCGAGGUCUUGUCCGAGAUCCCAGGCAGUAUUCUGGCGGCCGUGCUGUACUUUUUGCUGUGGUACUUCCCCACUGGUUUGCCGACUGAGGCGUCAGUUGCGGGUUACGUCUUCUUGAUGACGCUGCUCUUCUUCCUGUUCAUGGCCAGCUGGGGUCAGUGGAUUUGCGCGUGGGCGCCCAACUUUACCGUCAUCAGCAACAUCCUGCCGUUCUUUUUGGUCACCUUUUCCAUCUUCAACGGUGUUGUGGUUCCUUAUGACCAGCUGAAUGUGUUUUGGAGAUAUUGGAUCUACUAUGUGAACCCAUCGACGUGGUGGGUCAGAGGCGUUCUCGCGGCCACGUUGAAUGGUCAGAGUGUGCAGUGUGCUCCCAAUGAGGCCGCCUACUUUGAUCCCCCAUCAGGACAGACGUGUUUGGAGUUUGCGGGCGACUUUGCGAGGCAGGCUGGUCAGGGGUAUCUGCUCAACCCCAACGACACGGCAGACUGCGGGUUUUGCCCGUACUCGAGCGGGAACCAGUACUUGAACACGUUGGGGAUCACUCCGGAUGAGAAGUGGAGGGACUUUGGCAUCUUUUUGGUGUUUUGCUUUACCAACUGGAUGCUGGUCUACUUCUUCAUCUGGACCGUCCGAGUCAAGGGUAUGACAUUCGGCUUUGGGCCGCUGUUUGACGUACUCGGCAAAGGUGUCGGGGCGGUCAAGGGGCUCUUCAAGAGAAAAUAG